AUGUUUCCCAGAGGUGCCCUGGGUCAUCAAACCACCAUAAUCACUCUCACAGGUUCAAGCCAUUCGGGCUGCAGCCAGGACAGGGUGCUCCUAUGGAUAUCGGCGCGGUCCAAGGCGGACAGAUGCGCAGAUUCAAGGGCAACUGUUACAACUGUGGCCAAGAGGGACACAUGUCCUGAGAUUGCAAAAAUGGGGCGCAGGCCGCCCAACAAAAAAAUAAUCAAGGGCGCCGGGGCUCGCCAAUUAGAAGCAGAGAAACCAGAUGAUUGGCUCCAGACUCUGGCCAGUCGUUCAUACGACGAGAUCCGGGCCUUUUUUUACGAUCAGCAGGUUGCUGAAAUGAAGACCCAGGGAAAAGAGUUUGGAGCUUAG